AUGGCCCGCACGAAGCAGACCGCCCGCAAGUCCACCGGUGGCAAGGCUCCCCGUAAACAACUCGCCUCAAAAGCGGCUCGGAAAUCAGCCCCAUCCACUGGUGGUGUCAAGAAGCCUCACAGGUACAAGCCUGGUACCGUCGCCCUCCGUGAGAUCCGUCGCUACCAGAAGUCGACUGAGCUCCUCAUCCGCAAGCUCCCCUUCCAGCGCCUCGUCCGUGAGAUCGCACAAGACUUCAAGUCCGACCUGCGCUUCCAGAGCUCCGCCAUCGGCGCCCUCCAGGAGUCCGUCGAGGCCUACCUCGUCUCCCUCUUCGAAGAUACCAACCUCUGCGCCAUCCACGCCAAGCGUGUCACCAUCCAGAGCAAGGACAUCCAGCUCGCCCGCCGUCUCCGUGGCGAGCGCUCGUAG